AGUUCAAGAUCCUGGUAGAGGAGGACUGGAAGUGGCAAGUGAAGCCAUUGAAUUUGCUCUGAAGAAGUUCCAAGAUAGGUGCUGCUAGAUUUUAAUCAAGAACAGAAUGGGGAAGCAGAACAGUAAGCUGCGACCUGAGGUACUCCAAGAUCUCCGGGAGAACACUGAAUUCACAGACCAUGAGCUACAAGAGUGGUACAAAGGCUUUCUAAAAGAUUGCCCAACUGGCCAUUUGACUGUUGACGAAUUCAAAAAAAUAUAUGCAAAUUUUUUCCCUUAUGGUGACGCGUCGAAGUUUGCAGAACACGUCUUCCGCACAUUCGACACCAAUGGUGAUGGGACGAUUGACUUUAGGGAAUUUAUCAUUGCUCUGAGUGUCACCUCUCGGGGAAAGCUGGAACAGAAACUGAAAUGGGCAUUUAGUAUGUAUGAUCUUGAUGGCAAUGGAUACAUCAGCCGUGGUGAAAUGCUAGAAAUAGUGCAGGCAAUCUACAAAAUGGUGUCAUCGGUAAUGAAAAUGCCAGAAGACGAAUCCACUCCAGAAAAACGAACAGACAAAAUCUUCAGGCAGAUGGACACAAACAACGAUGGUAAACUGUCUCUUGAAGAGUUUAUUAAAGGUGCCAAGAGUGAUCCCUCUAUUGUGCGAUUGCUACAAUGUGAUCCGAGCAGUGCAAGUCAGUUCUAAUUAAACUCUGAACAGUUUGCAAAGAAAAUGCUGGCUUGUUCAAGCUUUGCUCGCAAAUGGAUGCCUUCUCAAUCAUUCCUCAACUGUUAGUGGAUAAGAUUCCAUUGCCAGAUUGGUGUGUUUCCGAGUGAAGACAGCCGCGCUCUUUCACUAACACCAGUGCAAAGUUCCUUUUGGCAAUUCCAUUUCCUCUCACCCCUAAUGUUAUGACUCACUCUACACAUUUAAUGUAAUUGAAAGGUAUGUUUACAUGCAGAUGCUAUGAGCUCAAAUUUCUGGUGAGACAUCACAUCAUGUAGUCGGUAGGAAAGACGACUUUCUAGUAGUCCUAAGAAGAUGCUAGGUAGGACUUUUAUCCAGCAUAGCAGACAGUAGAUAAUUUAUUUUGCUUCAAAAAUGACUAUGUACAAAAUGAGGACUGAAUGAAAUAGAAAGCAAAAUAAAUCAAGAAAGGAAAAAGAAGAAGAAAAGGCUUUCUUGGGCAUGGUUCCAAUUUUUUUUCUUUGAGAAAAAUUGCUUGCACUUAUCUAAUGGUCUUUACUUUCUUUUAAUAUAUAUAUAUAUAUACAUAUAUAUAUAUAUAUAUAUAAAUUAUAUAUAUAUGGUGAAGUAAAAAUUAAUAUUUAGGUAAUCUAUUUAAGGCAUAAAGUAGAAUUCAAGCUUAAUUUCUUCUAGAUGUCUGUGAUUUUAUUCAAAUCUUGGAGAUUGGAGAUUGUUUUUUGUGAUAUUUAUGCAUUAGCAAAUUGCUGUUCAAAAGGAAGUGCAUGACUAGCAGUUUGUGGAUAUUCACUCUGUUUAAUUACUCAAUGCAAAUAUUUUGUUCCUUUUUAUUGUUGAUCAUUCCAGCGUUACUGUAUUAACAAAAGACUUAAAGGAGUAAUCUUAAUUUUUGUAUUUCUCAGUGGAGUCCCACUUAAGGUGGAUGCAGCAUUAAAUGGCUUUUGAGUGAGAUGAA